AUGUGGCUUCCUUAUCUCUCUGGGUCCCCUCCUUGUACAGUAAAUCCUUCCCCUGAUAAAACCAGAACAGGCUCUCCCCUUCUGGCCCUCACAACCCCUGGCCACUUCUUUAUUUUGGUGAAAACAAAGAAGAUCUUAGGAAUGGUGGGAAGAGGAAAGAGUGUUAGUAUAGGAUCCUUGGAGCAAGAGAAUUCUUCCUUGAUGGAUCCAAAGACGGCGACCCGAGUGCUGAUCAAAGGGAAAGAAUCGGCGAUCAAGCUGCAGAGUCUGCUGCAGGAGUCUUCCCCGUCGGAGGAUCAUGGAAAGAAUUCGAUGAUCGGGUUCUUCAUUGAAGAAAUUUUGGGCUCCUUCGAUGGAGCACUCGCUACUUUGGACUCUGUUGGGGCACCAGAGACCCAUUUGGAUCAGGCGAGUACUCCUUGCUCUGAUGAGCAAGGAAGAGAUGAUUCCAGUAAGAAAAGGAAGGUUGCAUCUGUUCGAAGAAAUGGUUAUAGGAGAAGGGCUCAUCCGUAUUCGUGCAGAAGGGUCUCAUCGAAGACGAUGGAUGAUGGUUAUACGUGGAGAAAGUAUGGACAGAAAGAUAUCUUUAGUUCUAAGCAUCCAAGGAGCUACUUUAGAUGCACUCACAAAUAUGACCAAAACUGUCAAGCCACAAGACAAGUCCAGAGAUCAGAGGAUGAUUUCUCCACGUAUGUGAUUACUUACAUGGGAGAGCACACAUGCAGUGAUCCAACCAAGCCCCCUCAUCUGCAUCCACCCUCCCAUCAGAGACCAACCUUUAUCAUUAGCUUUGGAUCGGAAACUGCUGCAGAUACUCAACAAGAGCCCCUCUCAAACUCUCUCCACUCCUCAAUACUAAAGCAAGAGAGUGAUGAGGAGGUGCUAAGUGACCCCAGUCCAGGAAGCUCGGCUUCAGAAUUUUUCAUGUUGCCAGACCUCGACAUAUUUGAACAGUCUGCACCCAUGGCACAAUACAUGCAAACCGCAUUGGAUCGAUGUGAUGUUAUGUCCGAUGUGCAUUCUCCUAAUAGUUGUUUAGACAUGGAAUUCGGGAUCCACUUCGAUGUUGAUGAUGUGUUUAGUCUUGAUCAAGACAGGCUUUUCCAGGAUUAAAAGGUUUUCAAUGUACUUCAGUACUUCAAAAGGUCUUGCUAGCUUUGAGAACUUUUUCCUUUUCUUGAAGGGGUAAAAUUAGCUAAGGAACUUUUCUUCACUGGUGAGGAAUAUGAACUAGCUCUGAUGUAAUUAUAUUGUAUAAUACGUUUCUGUGUUUUUCACUGAUAAAAGGAACAUGAUCAAGCUUUCACAUAACUUCA